AUGGCAUACCAGAACAAGAUUAUGAAUGAGGAUAUGGUCAAGUUUAGGGAGAUCCUUAUCUCCAGGACUAUAAGCAACCAACGAGUCUCCACCUCAUCUGAACAAUUGAAAAGGCCCUUCAAAAUUCAGAAAUGGAAAUAUCCUCAUAAGUCCAAGCGAGGAAAUAAAAAAGUUCUAUUUCUUCAGAAAAGUAAGACAAAAUUGAUCCAUGUCCCUAAAGAAAAGCAGCUUUGGUGCAAGAAAGAGCCAGAAAAUAAGAUAUUACUAAAUUUGGACACUUUUCAGCACAGGCAUAAUAGUUUUGAGGUCACUCGGCCUCAAACAUCUAGCUUCUUUGCAGUGAAGAACUUAGGAUAUACCUCAUCUAAAUAACCAGAUUCGGGUUGAUUCCAACUCCCUUGAGAACAACCGGAGGAUUUAUUCGAAUAAGGAUUAUCUCAAUAUGAGGGAGAGGGCUCUGAAGAUUGCUAGAAAGCUUAGGCAUUCCAAACGUAAGCGCAGAAAAGAAGGAGGGAAAUUAAAUUUUAAAGAGCUCAGUAAUACAAAGCCUAGCAUUAAGAACGCUGAUAUCUCUCAAAAUAUUGAGACCAUGUACAAGAAUGUGUUCACUAGUAGCAAGAGAGUGGAAGAAGAUCAAUCUUGUUACCAGAGAAGCGUAAACACAAGUUUUCAGAAUAACCUCAAGAGCUUAUAAAUACUGAAUAUGACCAAACCCAGAGCUUUCAACUCAGCUCGACUAAAGCCACUGCUAAGCUGAACUUAUAAAAUCCAUCAUCGCUCGAUACAGCUCCUCUCCCUACUCCAACCUCCCCCAAGCCCACUUCCAGUCAUCCCAAACCCCCCUAAUCCCCACACAAAAUCCUAAAAUUAAGCCAAAUCUCAAAAAUUUCCAAAACGAAUUUUCCUGCUACAAAUGGGAAAUUUUCCCAUGUUUCUUCAACCACGAAGAAUUCCAAAAUCAGGUCAUGCUGGACUUCCAGCAAGAAGUUUUGACUAGAAUUGUGAGGGAGAUUGAGCAGGGGAAUUAUGAAGAAAGUGUGAAGGAAAUUGGGAAGGUUAAAGAAGAGUUCGGAAAGAGAGAUUUUGGGGUGGAUAAAGACCAGAGGAAGUAUUUUGAAGCAAGCUUGGAUACGCUUAAAGGGUGUCUGUUGGUGCAACAGAGGGAUUUUGAGCAAGCAAUACCGGUUUUGAAGGAAAUUUUAGCAUGAGAUUUGGAGAGAUUUUCACAUGCUGUACUGCCUGAGUCGUUGCAGGAGCUGAUGAAUAGGAGUUUGAAGGAGAUAGGGAGUCUUUUGGCAUCUUGUGAAGAGUUUAAUUUCCUGCAGAAUAAUAAAAAUCCUUUUUUAUUCAAAAUAUUUUACUUUAAAGUAUCAGAAAAUGACCAACAAUCUGACAUAAAAAUCUACCAAACUCCAUCUAAAGAGCUCAAAUUUUCAAAAUUCGAAAAUCUUGACAUAUCUACCCUCUCCAACUCCCAAUCUCGUCUGCCUGAAACACUUCUCAACUCUUCUCCAUGUAUCCGAAAGCCAUCACUGCUCCUCCAGCUCACUAAAAAGAGCGAUGAGAUUGAUAAAGUGAAUCUCAAGAGGGUUGACAAUUACCUAAAAGAGUUUGAGAACGUCAAGAAAUUAGACUACAGGAGGAUUAGAUGCCCAACAACCAAGAGUAUGCCAAGAAGGUGUAUUUAA